AAAAUGUGUAAAGUGCAAUUUAUCACGAUUUGACGAUAUUUUCUAUUUAUGUUAGUGAAGUUACCGAUGGUUAUUGUGCGUAUUUGGUAGAGUUCUGUAUAAUUUCCGUAUAGUUUUUUGUAUUUCAUUUGAACUUUUUCAUCAUGAAGUCCAGGUUUAGUACUGUUGAUAUAAUAGCCAUUGUGAAUGAGUUGCAAAAAUACAUUGGAAUGCGUGUCAACCAGAUAUAUGACGUUGAUAAUAAAACAUAUUUAUUCCGUUUAAAUAGAUAUGAAGAAAAAGUUGUUCUUCUUAUAGAAUCUGGUGUUCGAAUUCACACUACUGAAUUUCAAUGGCCGAAAAAUCCUUCUCCUUCCGGCUUUUCAAUGAAAAUGAGGAAGCAUUUAAAGAAUAAAAGGUUAGAAAAAAUCACUCAGUUAGGAUUGGACAGAGUUGUUGAUUUGCAAUUCGGCAUCAAUGAGGCAGCAUAUCACGUUAUUUUGGAACUGUACGACAGAGGAAAUAUUGUGUUGACUGAUUAUGAAUAUACAAUUUUGAACAUUUUAAGACCUAGAGCUACUGAUAGUGAAGAUGUUAAAUUCGUUGUUCGGGAGAGAUAUCCUGUGGAAAAAGUUAGGUCAUCAGCUGAAAGUUUCAAUCGUGAUGCUAUAGAAACUGUUUUAAAUAAUGCAAAAAAUGGUGAUUCAUUGAAAAAGAUACUGAUGCCUCAAGUUCAUUUUGGACCUGCUGUUCUUGAGCAUGUACUUCAGAAAAGUGGUUUUCCCAAAAACUGUAUUAUCAAUAAAAAUUUUAAUGCACCUACUGAUAUCAAAAAGCUAUUUUUGUGUUUACAGGAAGCUGAUAUGUUGAUGAAAGAAAUUUCUAAUAAGUCUGUUGGCUACAUAAUCCAUAAAGUUGAAAAAAGUAAUAAAGAUGGAAGUGAAAUAAUUACAAAUGUGGAAUUUCACCCUUAUCUUUUCCAUCAGUAUAUGGAUAUGAAAUAUACAGAAUAUCCUUGCUUUGAUAAGGCAGUUGAUAAUUAUUUUUCUAGCAUGGAGGGUCAAAAAAUUGACUUGAAGGCAUUUCAGAAAGAAAAAGAAGCUUUAAAAAAACUUGAAAAUGUCAAAAAGGAUCAUGAGCAACGACUUCUAAAGUUGUUACAAAGCCAGGCUGAAGAUAUACGUAAAGCACAGUUGAUUGAAAUGAAUUUAGAGCUGGUAGACAAGGCAAUUUUAGUUAUCAGAAGUGCUAUUGCAAAUCAAAUCAGUUGGUCUGACAUUCAGGAUCUUAUCAAAGAAGCGCAGCUUGAAGGAGAUCCAGUAGCAAAAGCGAUUAAAAAGUUGAAAUUAGACAUAAAUCAUUUCACUGUUUUGCUUAGUAACCCACAUAUUGAUAGUGAUGAUGGCGAAGAAAUGAAGCCCCAGUUAGUUGACAUUGAUUUAGAUUGUUCUGCUUAUGCGAAUGCUAGGAAGUAUUAUGAUAUGAAAAGAGCACAUGCUAAAAAAGAACAAAAAACACUUGAAUCAUCUGAGAAAGCCUUUAAAAAUGCAGAGAAAAAAACUAAACAAGCUCUAAAAGAAGUUGCAGUCACUACUAGCAUUACAAAAGCUCGGAAAGUGAUGUGGUUUGAAAAGUUUUUAUGGUUUAUUAGCUCUGAAAAUUAUCUGGUAAUUGCUGGAAGAGAUGUGCAGCAAAAUGAAUUAAUUGUGAAGAGGUAUAUGAAAUCAAAUGAUUUGUACGUCCAUGCUGAUUUGCAUGGUGCUAGCAGUGUCAUAAUUAAAAAUCCUGUGGGAGGUGAAGUACCACCAAAAACUUUAAAUGAAGCUGGUACUAUGGCUAUAUGUAACAGCUCUGCAUGGGAUGCAAAAAUUGUAACAAGUGCUUGGUGGGUAUACUCAAAUCAAGUAUCAAAAACUGCUCCAACUGGUGAAUAUCUCACUACUGGUAGUUUUAUGAUCCGUGGCAAGAAGAAUUAUCUGGCACCUGCUCAUCUUAUAAUGGGGUUUGGAUUUAUAUUCAAAUUAGAUGAGGAAAGUAUUCAAAAUCAUAUCAACGAAAGGUGUGAAAAAAAUGAAGAAUCCAAAUUUGAUAUUAGCGAAAGAGACAAAAAUGAAGGAGUUGAAUUAUCAGAUGGAGAGGAAGGUGAACAGAGAAGUAUUGAGAUUUCUUCUUCAUCAGAAGAUGAAAGAACUGAAGAAGUAAACUCACAGUUACAUGUAGAAGAUGCACAAAUUUCAAAUGAAAAUACUCAGAAGUCCUCACUUGAAAACAUAGAUGCUGAAGAGGAAGAAGUUAGUGAAAGUGACGAAUCAAAUCGUGUUAGUUUCCCUGAUACAGAAGUUAAGUUAAAUGUCUUACCUGGAUGUCGAGAACUAGACAGGUGCUCAAGCCGUGAACAAGUUGUGAGUAAUGCAACUGGAGUUAUUAUCCAGCAACAUAAGAAGAAAUUGUCAAAAAAGCCUGAAGCUGUAAAAUAUAAUCAAAAAGACUCCCCAAAAGAGAAGCAAAAUCCUCAGAAACGUGGACAGAAAGGAAAAUUGAAAAAAAUUAAAGAGAAAUAUAAAUAUCAAGAUGAAGAAGAAAGGGAACUAAGAAUGAAAAUUUUAGCAUCAGCUGGUCAAGCAAAGGAAGACAAAAAAAGUAAAAAUAAAAAGGCUCAGUCAAAUCGGAAUUCUGAACCUCAAAUAAACCGAACAAAAAACCCAAAACAAAAUCUUCAUUUUAUUGAAAUAUCUGAAGAAAACACUAUUUUGGAAGUAAAAAAUAUUGCAUCAGAUGAAAAGAAUGAUUUGUUGACUGUGCCGUCCUUACAAUCACGUAAUGAUCCCGAUCUUUCUGAUGAAGAAGCAGAUGAAGAUGUUUUAUCAGAUGAGCUAAAAUUAUUGAAUUCCUUGACUGGCUGCCCAGUACCUGAAGAUACCUUGUUAUUUGCUGUGCCUGUUUGUGCUCCUUAUACGGCAAUGUUAAGUUACAAGUAUAAAGUAAAAAUAAUUCCUGGAAGCCACAGGCGAGGUAAAGCUGCGAAAACUGCAUUGCAGUUAUUUCUGCAUGAAAAAACGGCUACUGCGAGAGAGAAAGAUCUUUUAAGAAGCGUAAAAGAUCAAGACAUUUCUAGAAAUCUUCCUGGGAAAGUCAAAAUUUCAACUGCCAGCUUUAAAAAGAUAAAAUAGUACUUUCAAUAUUUUUUAUAAAUAUUACUAGUUUAGAGUUAUGCUUUUGGGUUAACAGUCAAUAUAAAUUUAGCUAAAAUAGGCUAAUGUAUAAAAGGUACUUUUAUUUAAAAGGCAGCCAAGAUUUUUCCUUCAGGUCCUUAUAAUUUUCUAACUUAUUUUCUUGUUUCCUAUCUCGUAAUUAUAGAAUAAGCUUUACUGAAAUAGGAUACUGUAUAUAUGAUGUAUUAUUAUUAUUAUAAAAUUUUAUUGAAAUACAAUAAAUUUUUAUUGAAAUAUUA